AUGGCCGCGAACUGUUCGGGGCUUGUUGGGAAGCAAGUCUUUCGUCAAGAAGAUGCGCCGGUGUACCGUGAGGGCUGGAAGCUCAUUCUGAUUCUGUCAUCAUUGGCUGUCUUGUUCUCUGUGCUGGCCAAUAUCCAGUACUAUCUUGGAAAUGCUCGUCAGGUCGCCCGUAGCGGCUUAAAAUAUCUAUAUUGA